AUGCUGCCUGCCCUGACCCUCGUUGCCCUUGCCCACCUCGCUGCGGCCAUACCAGCCCCAAACAAUUCGACCGCACCCGCCUCGACUGCACCCGCCUCAACUGCACCCGUCUCAACUGCCGCUGUCAAAAGUAAGCUGUUCGCUCGCGGCGGCUUCUGGAACAGCUGCCGGGAAUGCAACUUGUGGUACUGGACAAUCAACUGUGUCUGCAACGGACAGUGGAUGAGUUGCGACCUGAACCCUUAUAUUUCUAACAACGACGGCACUCUGGUCUGGUACGGCCGCGGUUUCGGCGACUCCUGCAGCGGCUGCAAUCUUCAGUCGGCAACUCUGGGCUGCAACUGCAGGAAGAUGGACGGCAGCUACAACUGGGGCACCAUCAACUUGAACGAUCACCUUACCUAUGGCAAUGGCCGGCUAUACAUCGACUACUAG